AUGAAAACUUUAUUAGGUAUAUUGAUUGUAAUUGUGCUGGAGUGCGCUUCUCUUAGUGCUGCACCAAUAUCACCGCUUAGUGGUAAAUAUUUAGUCACGAAUCGAUGUCAAAGUGGUACCGUUUGCAUGGGAUAUUGCCUUUCACCAGCUAAUUGCAUUGGACGUGAUGUUGUUCAAGCGGUAUUAUUUCCACUGCCAUAUGCUCAUAAACCUAAUAUAUUAAUUACUGGAUUAAAUUAUAUAGAUAUCACGUAAGCAAGAUUGAAAUAGACCCUAUAGGGCAAAUAUGAGCUUAUAGAAUUAAAUUAAAGAUUGCGAAAAUUUCAAUCGACUAAAUUUCACUACUUAUAAUGAUUCAAUUGAUUCUUUCGCAUUCUUGUCACUCUGAUCCUCUGCUUUAGGGGCCAAGAUCGGGGUACACGCUUAAACAUUCUCAAGGAAGCCAUAACACCGUUUGGAUUCAAUGCUCGUUUCAUCUCAUGGCAUGCACUGUAAAAAAAAAGCGCAGAAUAAUCAACCCUUGCCCUUGAUUUUCCUUUUCAUAAACUCUUGAGGGGUUUAUGAGGAUGGAAUAUACCCUUGAAGGGUUCAUGAUCCAAAGGGUUUUUGAGCGUAAGGGUAUUUGAAGAGGCACAGGGUAUAUGGAGCUCUUUUAAAGGUUUUGUAUUUCAUAUUUUAAGGAAAGCAGUUCAUUAUUAAACGAUUAGGGGUAGAUUAAUAAAC